CUCAAACCCGAUCAGUGCUGCAAUUUAUUACCCGGUAAACACGUGGGAGUAGUAUUUCAGCGCAACAAGAUAAACUACUACACCAUAUCUCGCGAUAAAGGACGCUCCCUCUGUGCUCGUCUAUUGUGAGAGUUUUCCAACACUCGCGUGAUCUUUGAAGUUUCCCACGCCUGUUGUUGUGGCGUCUGCCCUUUUCGCUCACUCUCUCUCUGUUGAUGCUACCCGCCGCCUCCCCUUUUCUCUCUGUCUUCCUCACCCACCCCCUUUCUCUCCGUCUCUCUUGUCCCUACACCUUCAGUCUGCUUCUGUUGUCUCGGCGGAUUGUUGGGCUGUGGGAGAGAAAGAAUAUCGCGAGUAUUGGAGUUUUGGUGAGAGUUUGUGGAAGAUGGCGCCUGUUGUGACAGGGAAGUUCGGGGAGCGCCCUCAGCCACAGCGCCUAACAAGAGAAGCAAUGAGGAAUUACCUGAAGGAGCGAGGUGACCAAACUGUCAUGAUCCUGCAUGCAAAAGUUGCACAGAAAUCCUAUGGCAAUGAGAAAAGGUUCUUCUGCCCUCCCCCCUGCGUGUACCUGAUGGGCAGUGGCUGGAAGAAAAAGAAGGACCAGAUGGAGCGAGAUGGCUGCUCUGAGCAGGAGUCGCAGCCUUGUGCCUUCAUCGGCAUCGGCAACAGCGACCAAGAAAUGCAGCAGCUUAACUUAGAGGGAAAGAAUUAUUGCACAGCCAAAACCUUGUACAUAUCUGACUCCGACAAAAGAAAGCACUUCAUGUUGUCUGUCAAGAUGUUCUAUGGAAACAGCGCCGACAUCGGUGUCUUCCUCAGCAAGAGGAUCAAAGUCAUCUCCAAACCCUCCAAAAAGAAGCAGUCGCUCAAAAAUGCUGACUUGUGCAUAGCAUCAGGGACCAAGGUGGCGCUGUUCAACCGGCUGCGGUCCCAAACAGUCAGCACGCGCUAUCUGCACGUGGAGGGCGGCAACUUUCACGCCAGCUCCCAGCAGUGGGGCGCUUUUUACAUCCACCUAUUGGAUGAUGAGGAGUCAGAAGGAGAAGAGUUCACUGUGAGAGACGGUUAUAUCCACUACGGCCAGACAGUCAAGCUGGUUUGCUCCGUCACCGGCAUGGCCCUGCCCAGAUUGAUCAUCCGUAAGGUGGACAAGCAGACGGCGCUGCUGGAUGCCGACGACCCUGUCUCCCAGCUCCACAAGUGUGCCUUCUACCUGAAGGACACAGAACGCAUGUACCUGUGCCUUUCCCAAGAAAGGAUCAUUCAGUUUCAAGCCACUCCAUGCCCAAAGGAACCAAACAAGGAGAUGAUCAAUGACGGCGCCUCCUGGACAAUCAUCAGCACAGACAAGGCUGAAUACACUUUCUACGAGGGCAUGGGCCCUGUCCACUCGCCUGUCACCCCCGUGCCUGUGGUAGAGAGCUUACAGCUGAACGGUGGCGGCGAUGUCGCCAUGUUGGAGCUGACAGGACAAAACUUCACUCCAAAGCUACGGGUCUGGUUCGGCGAUGUUGAGGCUGAGACCAUGUACAGGUGUGCAGAGAGCAUGCUGUGUGUUGUGCCCGACAUCUCCGCCUUCCGUGAGGGCUGGCGCUGGGUGCGGCAGCCUGUCCAGGUGCCUGUGACACUGGUGAGGAAUGAUGGAAUCAUCUACUCCACCACACUGACCUUCACCUACACACCGGAGCCCGGGCCGCGGCCGCACUGCAGCGCCGCCGGGGCCAUCCUGCGGGCUGGAAACUCGAGCCUGCUGAGCAGCAGCAGCCAGGAGCCCGGCGCUGCCGUAUAUGGCCCCAGCAGCACCAACGCAGGAGUCACAUCCUCAUCCUCCACCUCUGCAGCUGUGGUCUCGUAACGCACGCAGUACAACAUGCCUUGAGAGCAAACGUACCGGAAGGUAUAUAAAGACUAUGGGAAAUAAUAAAAACUGACUCACUCUGAAGUGCUGCGUGUUAAUCUUGGAUACAAAGAAACUGAAGCGGAAAAAUCGGCAGGACAAAGGAGCAAACGCAGGUGAAAUCUGAAGGAGUGACAUCAAGUUGAACGGAAGUGAACGCGCUCCUUGACACGCCCCCUCUCCUGUGGUUACUUUAGGGACUUGCCUAUCCAGGUCUGGUGUUUGGAAUGAGUGAAGUUCCUGCAGGCUCAGAGCACCAGCACCAUUCUGUGGCUGCAAGAAUGGAAACCACAACAACAAUACAUCCACCGUGUGCAAAAAAACGCUCUUGAAAGGAAAGUAUAUUUUUGCGCUGCCCUGCUCCCCCCCUCCUCCUACUCAACCCUCCACCCCGUCUCUUAUAAAUAUUCCUUUUGUGUUUGUAUUAUUUUGCAUUAAUUUGUGGUCUUCUUAAGGGGGCUGGAUGUAUUGUUGUUGGAGGAAGCACGGGGAUGAAGAGGGACUCACCUAAAAACAUGACGAUAACAUAGUUUUUAUGGACCAAGGAUCUUGUAUAAGCUUUAGUAAAGGUACAUUUUUCUCCAUACCUUUUUUGUAUUAAACAUAUAGUCCACUUUUGUUACCAAAUAGUUUCUAUUCUUCCUCUGAGCUUGGGCUUUGUUUUCCCCCGUUGAGGUCCAAAAUCCCAACCUGUAUAUUAUUGCAACCUUACUACAGACACCUGCUUUUUCAGUCUUUGGACUGAGCUUUUGUUUUGAUACUCUUGCUUCUUUUGUUGGGGAAAAAUCUGAAGUUUGGGUUGUUUAUUUACGUAAGUGAAGGUUUUUUUUUUUUUUUAAUAAAUAACCUCAGAGGGCCUAUUUUUUAAUCAUUGGUUUUUAUGAAGUCUUUAAAAAGAAAAGCUUUAAGCAAUGCCUCUGCCUUGCCUGCAAUACUCUGUGUGCGCUAUGUCUCCUUUGGAACGUAUACACAUCAGUACAUCUCAUAUGGAGCCAUAGCAACAUUUGCAGAAUACAGUGCCUUGCGAAAGUAUUCGGCCCCCUUGAACUUUGCGACCUUUUGCCACA